AUGUUGAGCAGCGCUUACGGAAUUGCCCUGACGGCUCUGCUGCUAGCCACCAAUCUGCCCCUGGCAGCUGCUGGCGCUACUCCCACGAAUCGCACUACUGUCGGCGGGCGCGAGCGGAUUGGUAUCAACUACGGCUGGCGCUUCCAACGCUUCACCUCCAAUCCCGACUCGCUGUCUUACAACACACUGAAGUCCUGGAUCCUCCCUUCAGGCAACGAUUUCAUCAAAAGUUCAGGCUCCAAGAAGACUCGUCCCACUGGCCCUCAGCCAGGUGCCAACCUCAACUUCACUCAGGCUUCUUUCAACGAUGCAAAAUGGGAGGCAGUCGAUAUACCGCAUGACUGGGCUAUCAGAGGGCCAUUCAAUGCUCCAGGGGUCAGUGGUGCCAUGGGAAGACUACCAUCUAAUGGCGUAGGCUGGUACCGUCGUGUCGUAUCUUUUAGUGCUGAGGAUGCCGGCAAGACCAUUUUCCUGGACGUUGAUGGCGCAAUGUCAUACGCGGCAGUCUGGCUUAAUGGCAACCUCGUGGGGGGUUGGCCGUAUGGGUACGCCAGUUUCCGACUUGAUCUAACGCCGUACGUCAAGACUGGAGCGGACAACACCUUAGCAAUACGUCUUGACAAUGCUUUGGAUAACUCUCGCUGGUAUCCAGGCGCGGGUAUCUAUCGGAACAUUUGGCUUGUUAAAUUAAACCCGGUGCACGUGGCCCAGUACGGGACAUUCGUCACUACGCCCACGGUCUCGUCCUCUUCCGCAACUGUCAGCCUGGUAGUCGAUAUCGAGAACAAAGGCAACAGCAGUCAAAUAGUCGACGUCGUCACCGAGAUUCGGCCUCAAGAUCAGUCUGGUGUGCAAGGCAGUGUUGUGGCUACCCUGUCAAAGGCAUCGGGAACUGUCGCCGCAGGUGGAAAAGCAGUCGUCAGUGCUUCCGCAACCGUUGCCAGCCCCAAGCUGUGGGGACCCAAGCCGGAUCAGACACCGAAUCUGUAUGUUGCUACCACCAGAUUGUCCGUCAAUGGACAAGUGAUUGAUGCUUACUUGGGCACAGCUUUUAACUACCGAGCACAAGAGAGGCAGUUCCAGAUACUCCAGGAGAUGGGCAACAAUGCGCUGCGCACCUCCCACAACCCGCCUGCCCCUGAAUUCCUCGAGCUAGCCGAUAAAAUGGGGCUUGUAGUGCUUGAUGAGAUCUUUGAUUGCUGGAAGCAGUCUAAGACCAAGAACGACUUUUCUCUUAUUUUUGACGAUUGGCAUGAGCCGGACCUCCGCCUCUUUAUCCGCCGAGACCGUAAUCACCCGUCCGUUAUCGCCUGGUCUUUUGGUAACGAGAUUCCUGAGCAACAAGGUGCCGCUGGGGGCACUAUUGGUGCUGAGCUCCGCGGAAUCAUCCGUGACGAAGACUCUACUCGACAGACUACUGCUGGCAUGAACUCGGCUAGUCCUGAUCAGGCCCUCUCAGCUCAAGUCGACAUUGUUGGACUCAACUACAACGGCGAAGGUAUCGGCGUCUCAACUUCAUCUGCAUGGCCAGGCUUCCGCUCAAAGUUUCCGAACAAGAUGAUGUGGGGCUCGGAAACCUCAUCAUGCCUUAGUUCCCGUGGAACGUUCGUCUUCCCCGUUACCAGCGGCAUGGCGGCGGUAGUAAGCGGUAAUAGCGGUGGUGGUGAGGACACCGUAGGCAUGCGGGUGAGCGCUUACGACUUGUACUCAGAUUGGUGGGCCUCGGGCUCUCCAGAUAAGGUCUUUUUCAUGCAGGAUAAGUACCCCUACGUCGCUGGAGAGUUUGUUUGGACGGGUUGGGAUUACCUAGGCGAGCCGACUCCCUUCAACGACAAGGCGCGAAGCUCCUACUUUGGAAUCAUCGACAUGGCGGGUUUCAAAAAGGACCGCUUCUACCUGUAUCAGGCGCGGUGGGCUCCCAACGUUCGCAUGGCGCACAUUCUUCCCCACUGGACCUGGCCCGACCGUAUCGGCCAGAUUACUCCAGUGCACGUGUAUUCUUCAGCUGACGAAGCUGAGCUGUUUGUCAACGGAAAGUCGGCUGGCCGUCUUAAGCGCGGAAUCUCGAGCUGGCGCUUCCGAUGGGACAACGUCGUGUACCAGCCUGGCGAUCUCAAGGUCAUCACCUAUAAGAACGGUCAGGAAUGGGCAACUGAUACCAAGAAGACAGUUGGCAAUGCUGCCAAACUCGUUCUCUCGGCCGAUCGCUCCGACAUCAGGGGUGAUGGGCUUGAUCUGUCCUUCAUCACAGCCCGCGUCGUCGACACAAACGGCGAUACUGUUCCCAGGGCUAGCAACUCCAUCAGUUUCUCCAUUACCGGACCAGGGCUCAUCUCUACAACUGACAACGGAGAUCCCGCCGACUUCGCUGUCUUCUCCAGUUUGACGCGCAAGGCGUUCAGCGGUCUUGCACUUGCAAUUAUCCGUAGCAACGCCGGCGCUGUUGGUAACCUCACUAUCAGUGCUGUCUCAAGUGGUCUGACGGGAUCAUCGGUGACUGUCCAAGCCAGAUAG